GCAAGCAAGCAGAAAGAACAUACGCAGAAAAGAGUGAAAGAAAGUCAAAAUGGUGUUUGCAAAGUUCAGUGUAAUUUUGUUGCUUGCGUUUAAUUAUGUGGAAGGUGAUAUGCACGGAAAACUGCUGGAUGAAACGGAGGAAACUAUGGACCUGGAGGCGUACCAUCCCAAUCGUGAUCUUCCAAUACAGAACUCAAUCGUGUCCCAUCAAAGAUACAAAUGCUACAGCUGCGAGCCGCCCGACUGUGCCGACACGACGACACACGCUCACCUCUGCCAGAAUGCGAUCCAGUGCUGGAAGUCCCGAAUCCGCGAUCAGUUCGGCAGCGAAAGCGUCUCCCGUGGUUGUACGACGGCUCACGAGCAGCUGCCGCUGUACUGCAACCAGAACCUGAUGAAUAGCAACGGUCCGAAGAAGCGACACGCCUCCGGAACGUACAACAUCGAGUGCUGCACCGGAGACUACUGCAACAAUGGCAGCUUUCCGGCUCUGCCGCCUCUCGAGUAUCCAAAUAAUGUCAUGAAACUAGAAUCACAGUUCUACGUUAUAAAGCUGCUGGCGUCCAUUUUCGGUCCAAUUAUAGGGAUUGGUCUGGUUCUCGUGGUGCUGUACUACUUUAGGCGCAAAACACGUCAAAAGCGGCUGAUGGCCACCCGGAGCAAACAUGAUCCCGAGACGUACUACGCAAGUGAUGAAAUUCUGCGAGCAACCAGUGCCGGGGACAGUACCUUGCGGGAAUAUUUACAACAUUCGGUUACGUCCGGAUCGGGUAGUGGUUUGCCGCUGUUGAUUCAACGUACGCUGGCAAAGCAGGUAUCGCUCUGCGAGUGUAUCGGCCGCGGAAGGUACGGAGAAGUGUGGCAAGGUGUUUGGCACGGUGAAAAAGUGGCAGUUAAAAUUUUCUUCUCCCGCGACGAAGAUUCCUGGAAGCGGGAGACUGAAAUUUAUAGUACCAUUCUGCUGCGUCAUGAAAACAUCCUCGGUUAUAUCGGCUCCGACAUGACCUCACGGAACUCGUGCACUCAGUUGUGGCUGAUCACACACUACUACCGGCAUGGAUCGUUGUUCGAUCAUCUGAACCGAACUGCCAUCAACCACCACCAGAUGGCUACGAUUUGUCUGUCGAUCGCCAACGGAUUGGUGCAUUUGCAUACCGAAAUCUUCGGAACAGAGGGCAAACCCGCAAUCGCUCAUCGUGACCUGAAAACAAAGAACAUCCUGGUGCGUAACAACGGAACCUGCGUGAUAGCCGAUUUCGGUCUGGCUGUAACUCACAGUCAAACAACGAACAAGAUCGAUAUGGGAAACACGGCUCGGGUCGGUACCAAGCGAUACAUGGCACCGGAGGUGCUUGAUGAGAGCAUCAACCUGGAAUGUUUCGAAUCCCUGCGCAAGGCUGACAUCUACGCGAUCGGACUGGUUUUGUGGGAAAUCUGCCGACGAACGCUCUCCAACGGAAUCGCCGAGGAUUACAAGGUACCAUACUACGACUGUGUCACAUCGGAUCCCAGCUUCGAAGAGAUGCGCAAGGUUGUCUGUGUGGAAAACUAUCGGCCCUCGAUUCCGAACCGAUGGUCAUCGGAUCCGCUCCUCGACGGUAUGGCCAAACUGAUGCGCGAGUGCUGGCAUGCCAACUCGAACGUUCGCCUGACGGCCCUGCGGGUCAAGAAAACGCUCCAGAAGCUGACCCGGUCGGACGAAAAGAUGAAGCUCAACUAUGAUCACGAUUUCGAUGGCGAUAAUUGCGUUUGAUGACGGCUCCUCUUCAUUCAUCUCCAUCAUUGUCAUCGUCAUCGUCACCGUAACCACGCUAGGCAUUCGUUGCCUGCUCUGCCUGCCGGCGGGUGGUUCCAAUUACCGCUUGCAGCGGCUUAGUGGCAGCACAGCCUAGCAAGCACCCCCGCGCUAGAGGAGAAUGUAUCAGAAACAACAAUAUCAUUUUCGUAGUAAGUUAAUUCGUGUUUUGUCAGACUGAGCGAGAGUUUGCUAGAGUUGGUUGUUUGCGAGUUUGAUGCGUGUAAGGAAUAGGUAUGGCUGGCUGUGGUUGUGGUUCGGAUGAUGAAUGAAUGUGAGAGUUUUUGUUCGGAGUGGACUCAACGGAACGAAUGUGGAUAAACAAUAUUUGUAAAUAUUUAUACAUUUACUAGGCUAGACCUGUUGACGAUAACUCUACAAUUUGAACAAAUCAUCUUUGAUUUUACUCUGUUCUGUGGAAAUAUUUUCAACUAUUUAUGUGCAGCAUUUUAGUUCUGAUACUCUGUAGUAAUCCUCUAGUUUUCCAGUGUGAACUGUCCGCAACCGAUCAGUUCAGUUCUAAUAAUCGUAAAAUAUUUUUAGCAAAAAUUUUUUCACCAAAAGCUAUACUUCAGAGUUAUGGAUAGAUUGAAUAUUAGACGUAGAGUUUAGUUAGUAGCUAUUAUAACCGAUAACAAAAUCGAAAUCAGAAAAGGUUCAGUAUUAUUAACUGAAUGAGAUACGAUAGCAGAUACGGAAGUCUAAUUACUGUAAGUAAUUUAAUAUUUACACACUCUCAGAAGACGACAAAAAAAACUACAACUGGGAUGCUAAUUUUCUCGAACUUUUAAAAAUUAAAUCUGUUUUUUUUUCUAAUUCUGAAUAUUACUACAAAGUUUGGGUUGCAUUACUUCGUGUUCGUGAACCGGAUUAUGAACAUCCCAUCACAAUGAAGUGCCAUUUAUGUAUAAAAAACGCGCGUAUAAAAUUGGGUUUAAUCUGCACUCCCUUUCGGUAACUUCCAUUUGCUUUUCCACAGCCAAUAUCAAUGAUAGGUAAAAGUUUUUUGUACAUACGUUAAGCACUCAUUAUUAUUAGAUGUUAUUAAAGCGAAACUUUUGCCUUCCUUGUUAUCCUAUUUUUUUUUUUUUGCUAAACACUAAAACUGGUGGAAGCAAAAAAUAAAACAAGGAGCCUAUUCGUUUUUUUCCUAUUUUGGUUUAUUCUCUACCUAGCUCCCAUACCCAUAGUUUUUCAACGUAUAAAAUAGCAUGUCUAACAGUGCGCGCGUGAUGCGAAAUAUAAUUUAGAGCAAAUAUUUAUGUGUCGAUAGUUUUCUACUAUAUCACAAAAAACAACAACAACAACAAAAAGAUGAUUACGGAGCCGAUGAAAAAAAAAAGAUCGGUUCAAAAUUAGCAUUCGAACAAACGGAACGGAUGAUGAACGUGGCAGAGGUUUGAAUUUUCUGAUUGAAACAAACAAU